GACUCCUUCCUUCCUCUUCUUGGAAUUCUUCCUCGUCGCCUCCGCCUCGUCGUCGGUGGAAUCCAUUCGUCGGAGAAGAGAAGAGAAGAGAAGAGAAGAAAAGAUGCUGCCUUGGAUCUUCAGCCGCAAGGGCGCCUCGGGCUUCUCCUGGGCGUCCACCGCCGACCACGUCACCGCCGGCAUCUCCGCCGCAGGGCUCACCGCCAUAGUCACCGGUACCUACUCCACCCGUCCUUUGCCGCAGCCUGCUCUCUCCCUGAUUCUAUUUGAUUCGAUUUCGGUGAAUCGGCUGGCAGGGGCGUCGAGCGGGAUCGGCGCGGAGACGGCGCGGGUGCUGGCAGCGCGCGGGGCCCACGUCGUCAUGGCCGCCAGGAACCUCGCCGCCGCGGAGACCGUGCGCCAGGCCGUCCUCGCCGACACACCCGGCGCCAGCCUCGAGCUGAUGGAGCUGGACCUCUCCUCCCUGGCCUCCGUCCGCAAGUUCGCCGCCGACUUCGCCGCCAGGGGCCUCCCGCUCAACAUCCUCGUCAACAACGCAGGGGUAAUGGCGACCCCUUUCUCCCUCUCAAAGGAUGGCAUAGAGAUGCAGUUCGCAACUAACCAUGUCGGGCAUUUUCUUUUGACACAUCUACUAUUGGAGACAAUGAAAAAGACCUCUCAUGAAUCAAACGUGGAAGGAAGAAUUGUUAACGUUUCGUCAGAAGGGCACAGGUUUGCAUACAAGGAAGGCAUCCGUUUCGCCAAGCUAAAUGACGAGGAAGAGUAUAGCACCAUUGCAGCAUAUGGGCAGUCAAAGCUUGCCAACAUUUUGCACGCUAAUGAACUUGCCAGGAGAUUUAAGGAAGAGGGUGUUAACAUCACUGCGAACUCUCUGCAUCCUGGAUCUAUUAUCACGAACCUUCUUCGCCACCACAGCAUCAUAGAUGUUCUCCACCGGACGCUUGGUAAACUGGUGCUGAAGAACGCCAGACAGGGGGCUGCGACGCAGUGCUACGUGGCGCUGCACCCGGACGCCAAGGGGGUGUCGGGAAAAUACUGGAGCGACAGCAACCUGUAUGAGCCGAGCGACAAGGCCAAGGACGCGGAGCUGGGCAAGAAGCUGUGGGACUACACCCUCGACCUCGUCGCCUGAUGGUGGAUAGAUGCUGAGGAGAUGAGAUGAAGGAUGGGAGGAACGCAAUGUACGUAAUCUUAUAUAAUGUACAACAAACACCUGACUGACUGAGACUACUCGUAGGAAAAAAAAAUCUGAAUAUAAGAGCUAAUUUUGUUUACUCCUAAACAAACUUGUGAGAUACAAAUACAUUAACUGGACUCUUGGCCUGGUCCCAGAUAAGUCCAUGGUUACUGUAAGCCUUUUCAAA